AGCAGAGGCGGACUGUCAUCUCUGUGCAGGGUGGUGUCUGAAAUUCUGGGCUGUAUCUACAGUGACUGGCACAUGCUUGGCAUGAGGUUGUCAUUCAAUGAGUAGCUGAAUAAAUGAGUUGAGAGCACAAGGGACCAAAAAUCUCAAGUAAUAAGCAGCUGAGGCGAUGGAGAGACUGAAGGUUAUAGACAGUGUGGCUGUGGACUGGGAAAAGGGCAUUCCAAAGCAGGUGACAAGGCCAGAGUGUUGAAGCUGAAAGAUUCAGAGAGGUUAGUGUUAGGUGGACAGCCUAUAGGAAUGCAUAGGUCACCAGUGGGUGCAUGGUACCUAGUCUUCCAGAGAUAAGGGAGGACAGCAUUUCUCAAACUGAUGUCCUUGAACUUGAAUUGGGGGGAUUGUAAAUGAAGACCCCUGGUUUGGGGAGAAAAAGCAGUGUGGUAGAAUGGCACCUCAAGGAGGUGUGUUCGAGGUGUGGAUCCAAGUACCUCAAGGUCAGGGUAUAGGGUACUCAGAGGACCCUGAGCACAGUGGCCUCUGUCCAUGUUGGAAGUGGACAAGGGACACUGAGGGCAGGAAAGAGCCAGCACUAAAGGAAUUCAGGGCCUGAGGGGGCUCAUGUGAACCAAGGGCCAAGAGGAUGAUGAGGUCUCAGUCCUAGCUUCCACUCUAGUGGGGGAGGCCCUGGCUGAGGGUGGAACCUGAUUCUUUUCCCUAGGCCCAAGAGAAGGGGAAUGCCCAGGCUGAGCGCACCCUUUGAGGGUGUAAGGGUGGUGAGGGGGCUGUGGACUCUCUGUACCCUGUUCUUUGUGUCAACGCAGUAGAAGGUAAUAUGACCUUGAUCUAGUCUCCCACUUUUAGCUCCUCUUCUCAGCUUCCUCGAAUCCUCAAACCCAGUGCCCUCCAUUGGCACAAUCCCUCCACUCAAACCCCCAAUUCCCUAUUUCCACCCUUCACACACUUAGAACCCCCGAUUCUCAGCCCUCUGUACGUGGAGCCCAUUCUCAGCACCCUGACAGCCACUUUGAGCUCCUUUCUAUCAGCGUCUCCCAUAGCCUCUUCCUUCUGGUUGGUGCUCGACUCCCUUCCCAGGCCCCCUUGAUCUCAGUCCCUGUCAGCCCCCUAGGAGGAAAACCCCUAGUAACCUCUCGCAGAGACCAGGCCGGCCGAGGUCCGGUGCCCCCCUAGACCAGGGACGGUCCCGCCCCAUCCCGGCGGACUGAGUCAGGAGGCAGGAACUGGGCGGGGGGAAGGCGCCAGGAGCCGCCGAAGCCCUGGCCGGAGAGGCUGGGAGCAAGCUUGGAGCCCAGAGAGUUAGUACCAAAAAGACCCGGGCCGGCGGGGACACAGGUUAGCGUGGGUCAGGGCUGUCCUGGACCUACCAUGAGCGCCAAGAAGAGAGGGAGCCCCGCGCGGACUCAUUCCAUGAUGUCCCUGUCGGUGCGGCCGCAGCGCCGCCUGCUCAGCGCCCGGGUCAGUAGGAGCCAGUCCUUCGCAGGCGUCCUCGGCAGCCACGAGCGCGGUCCCAGGAACAUCUCGAUCUUCAGCCCACCCGGGCCCCCACGGAAGCCCCUAGUGCUCUCCCGGGUGUCCAGGAUGUUUUCAGUGGCCCAUCCAGCCUCCAAGGUGCCACAGCCAGAGAGGCUGGACGUGGUGUAUGCUGCCCUUAAGCGGGGACUGACGGCCUAUUUGGAAGUGCAUCAGCAGGAGCAGGAGAAGCUCCAGAGGCAGAUAAAAGAGUCCAAGAGGAAUUCUCGCCUGGGCUUCCUGUAUGACUUGGACAAGCAAGUCAAGUCCAUAGAACGUUUUCUGCGACGACUGGAGUUCCAUGCCAGCAAGAUCGAUGAGCUCUAUGAGGCAUACUGUGUCCAGCGGCGUCUCCGGGAUGGUGCGUACAACAUGGUCCGUGCCUAUAGCACAGGAUCUCCAGGGAGUCGAGAGGCCCGAGAUAGCCUGGCUGAGGCCACUCGAGGGCAUCGAGAAUACACAGAGAGCAUGUGUCUCUUGGAGAACGAACUGGAAGCACAGCUGGGCGAGUUUCAUCUCCGGAUGAAAGGGCUGGCUGGCUUCGCCAGGCUGUGUGUGGGUGAUCAAUAUGAGAUCUGCAUGAAAUAUGGCCGUCAGCGCUGGAAACUAAGAGGCCGCAUUGAGAGUAGUGGAAAGCAGGUGUGGGACAGUGAAGAAACUGUCUUUCUUCCUCUGCUCAUGGAAUUCUUGUCCAUCAAGGUUGUGGCUGUGGACAUCAAUGACCUUGGCACCAUCAAGCUUAGCCUGGAAGUCAUCUGGAGCCCCUUUGAUAAGGACGACCAGCCCUCAGCUGCCUCUACUGUUAACAAAGCCUCCACGGUCACUAAGCGCUUUUCCACCUAUAGUCAGAGCCCACCAGACACACCCUCACUUCGGGAACAGGCCUUCUAUAACAUGUUACGGCGACAGGAUGAGCUAGAGAAUGGGACAGCAUGGUCUCUGUCAUCCGAAUCUUCAGACGAUUCAUCUAGCCCACAACUCUCAGGCACUGCCCGCCACUCAUCAACUCCCAAACCUUUGGUGCAGCAGCCUGAGCCCCUGCCCAUCCAAGUUGCCUUCCACAGACCUGAGACCCCCAGCUCUGGCUCCAUGAAUGAAGAGAGGGCCAUGGCCCCAGCCCUGGUCAAUGGGCAUGCCCCUUACAGCCGGACUCUGAGCCACAUCAGUGAGGCCAGUGUAGAUGCCGUCUUGAUUGAGACUUCAGUGGAGGCUUUGGGCUCUGAAAGCCUAGCCCCAGGACCUACCCCACCUGUACACCCAGAUCCUACCCAUGAGGAACAGCCCUGUAGCAUUCUUCCUGUCCUAGACACUGGCCAUUCUCCCACCACAAGACCCACCCUCAGUACAACUAGCCCUGCCCCUUCUACACAGCUAGACUUAGUUAACAAGGCCACAGACUCUGGCCCUUCUGAGUUGUCAAGUUCCACCACUAUAAGCUCCAGCAAUAGUACCAUAAGCUCUAUCAACAAUGUUCCAAGCUUCACUUCCACUAGUAUAGUUUCUACCCAGAAACCUGUGCUCUACACCCUCACCACUACAGGCCCUAUCCCUAGUGUUACAGACCCAGCCCAGACUACUACAAGCCCUACCCACACUACAAGUGCUACCUACACAACAGUAAGCCCCACCCACAGUGCCCCAAGCCCCAUCCAUACUACCCCUAGCCCCACCUACUCCACCCCUAGCCCCACCCAUACCCCCCCUAGCCCCACCCAUACCACCCCUAGCCCCACCCAUACCACCCCUAGCCCCACCCACACCACUGUAAGCUCUGCCCACACUACCACAAGCCCCAUUCAUACCACUGCAAGCCCCAUUCACACUACCACAAGUUCUAUCCACAAAGCCAGAAUGUCAACUCAUACCACUACAAGUCAUACCCUCGAUACUACAGACCCAGUCCAGGCCACCACAGUUCCCAUCUCCAUAUCAGAAAGCCCUUCCCCUUCUCCAAACCUUGCUAUGCACCCCACCCCCACAGUCUCCACACUCUCAGACAUUGAACUCCUGCCCUGUAGUUACCCAAUCUCCACUCCCUAUACUCAAACAGACCCCACAAUACCCAGCACCUCCUACCAGAGUCCUGCUUGUUCUGGUUGGAAGCCCUGUACAAGCCCUGAUCCAACUCCCACAGAACCUAUCCUUAAGAGCCCGAGCCCCACUCCCUCAUCCCAAGCCCCUGCAUCCCAACAUUCAGAACUUGGCCUCACCACAGCUGCUCAAGCCCCAGUCCCUGAAAUAAUGAAAGGGACUGGAGACAGUAGGCUGGAAGAGGCCUUGGGGGCCCUAAUGGCUGCCCUGGAUGACUAUCGUGGCCAGUUCCCUGAGCUGCAGGGCCUGGAGCAGGAGGUGACCCGGCUAGAGAGUCUGCUUAUGCAGAGACAAGGCCUGACUCGCAGCCGGGCCUCUAGUCUCAGCAUCACUGUGGAGCAUGCCCUGGAGAGUUUCAGCUUCCUCAAUGAUGAUGAAGAUGAAGACAGUGGUGGUCCUGGGGACAGGCCCCCAAGCAGCCCGGAAACUGGGGCUGAGGACAAAUUAGACUCAUCGAGUGCCCAGCCCCUUAGCACAGGGUGUCCAGCCCUGGAUGUCACCUUGGCCCAGCACCUGUACCACUGCAGUCACCUCCUGCUGAAACUGGGCACAUUUGGGCCUCUGCGCUGCCAGGAGGCAUGGGCCUUGGAGAGGCUGCUGAGGGAAGCACGUGUGCUUGAGGCAGUCUGUGAGCUCAGCAGGCGGUGGGAGAUCCCUGCCACUUCUGCCCAGGAAGUGGUGCAGUUCUCUGCCUCUCAGCCCGGCUUCCUGACCUUUUGGGACCAGUGCACUGAGGGACUCAGUCCCUUCAUCUGCCCUGUGGAGCAGGUGCUCCUCACCUUCUGCAACCAGUAUGGUGCCCGUCUUUCCCUGCGCCAGCCAGGUUUAGCUGAGUCUGUAUGUGUGAAGUUCCUGGAAGGUGCUUUGGGGCAGAAGCUGCCCAGGAGGCCCCAGCCAGGCCAUGGGGAGCAGUUCACCAUCUUCCAGUUCUGGAGUUAUGUAGAAACCUUGGACAGUCCCUCCAUGGAUGCCUAUGUGACUGAGACUGCAGAGGAGGUGUUAUUGGUGCGGAAUCUGAACUCUGAUGACCAGGCUGUUGUGCUGAAGGCACUGAGGUUAGCACCCGAGGGGCGGCUACAAAAGGAUGGGCUUCGGGCCCUUAGCUCCCUGCUAGUCCAUGGCAACAACAAGGUCAUGGCUGCUGUCAGCACCCAGCUCCGGAGUCUGUCACUUGGCCCAGUCUUCCGAGAAAGGGCUCUCUUAUGUUUCUUGGACCAGCUUGAAGAUGAAGAUGUGCAGAUUCGAGUAGCUGGAUGCCUAGCCUUAGGCUGCAUCAAGGCUCCUGAGGGUAUUGAGCCCCUGGUGUACCUGUGCCAAACAGACACAGAAGCUGUGAGGGAAGCUGCCCGGCAGAGCCUGCAGCAGUGUGGAGAAGAAGGACAGUCUGCUCAUCGACGUCUAGAGGAGUCCCUGGAUGCUUUGCCCCGAAUCUUUGGUCCCAGCAGCAUGGCCAGCACAGCAUUCUGA